GAUUAUAAGUCAGUCUCUUUACAACCGCAGGCUAUUCAACUCAACAUGUGCACCUGCCUAGAACAAUGGAAAAACGACGAGGAAAUUAAAAUUUUCCAGGAGUAUUUGCGUAUUCCCACGGUGCAUCCCGAUGUCGACUAUACUGCAUGCGUGGAGUUCCUGAAGCGGCAGGCUGGCAGCCUGAAUCUACCGGUGGAUGUGGUCCAUCCUGUCAUGCCAUCCAAACCGGUGGUGAUUAUGAAAUGGCUGGGCAAAAAUCCCGAACUGAAUACGAUUAUAUUGAACUCGCACAUGGACGUGGUUCCCGUGUUUCCCGAAAAGUGGACUUAUGAUCCGUUCAGUGCCCACAUGGAUAACCAAGGCCGGAUUUAUGCACGUGGUGCGCAGGACAUGAAAUCCGUGGGAUGUCAGUAUAUGGCAGCAGUCCGUUCCCUCAAAGCCAGUGGCUAUCAGCCGAAGAGGACGGUGUAUUUGACUUUUGUGCCAGACGAAGAAACUGGCGGAGAUUUGGGCAUGGCUGAAUUUGUGAAAGGCGAUUACUUCAAGGGCAUGAACGUGGGUUUCAGCCUGGACGAGGGCAUCGCCAGUGAGGAUGAGACUUAUCCUGUUUUCUAUGCUGAGCGUACGUUUUGGCAUCUCCGGCUGAAAUUCAAUGGCAAAUCCGGCCAUGGGUCGCUGUUGCACAAAAACACGGCUGGCGAGAAGUUCCAGUACGUCCUGGAAAAGAUGAUGAAGUUUAGGGAAACCCAGGUCAAACUUCUGGCCAACGACUCUUCUUUGAGUCCCGGUGAUGUGACCACCUUAAAUCUAACCCAACUCAAGGGAGGAACUCAAAGCAACGUCGUUCCGCCCUUACUAGAAGCUAUUUUUGAUAUUCGCAUCGCCGUUACCCAAGAUGCUGAUGCACUGGAGAAACGGAUUAGCGACUGGUGUAACGAAGCUGGUGGAGGAAUCGAACUAGACACUGUACUAAAGUGUCCCGCUGUUGAGACCAAGAUAGACGCUACCAAUCCCUAUUGGCUGGGCUUUAAAAGGGGCUUGGAUGAACUCGGCUUGAAAACGCAAACACGAGUUUUUCCCGGUGCCACAGAUAGCUACUACGUCCGGCGGGUUGGGAUUCCCGCUCUUGGAUUUUCACCCAUCAACAACACACCCACACUGCUGCACAAUCAUGAUGAAUACUUGCGGGCCGACACCUAUCUCAACGGAAUUCAGGUGUAUAAGAAGCUUAUCCCGACACUUGCUGAUUCAUAAAAUGUUCAAUCGAAAAUCUACUUUCAUGAAUAAAAAAUGGAACUCAAUAUGCUUCGAUUGGCCUUAUCUUUUAUGAGUAAUGUUUGGGAACGAUGAGUGUUGGGCCGAAAUUAAAUGUUUAAAGUCGGUUAUUACUUUAAAUCAUAUCUGCAGAAAAACAAAUAAAAAAUAAACACUUA